AUGUUGCCGGAAAAAUAUCUACUCAGCUUGUAUUGGACCAGAAUGUUUAAUGUGUUAAUGCAAAACUAUCUAUCGUCCACCACAACUUGCAUUAUUUGGUCUGAGAAUGAAAACUUUUCAAUCAACUGGGAGAAUAUCAAUCCACCAGCCGGUGCAAUCAUAAACAUCCGCUUGCGUGAUUUGGAAGCAUCUUUUGUUGAAGAUGUUGUAGAUUUUGCAGCCAAACGCGAAGAGCUACUCAAUGAUUAUGUGGCAUUGAAUCCAUUUGUGGAAAAGUUGACUUUGUCAAUAGAAAAGUCACAUUGUGAGAGUUUCAUUGCCUUUCAAAUGGAUAUACCAAUUUUCAUUGAAGCGAUUAUAAAUGCCAGUCGCUAUUCAAUUUGGCGUUCAUUAAGCAAUAAAUUUGUAUUCGUCUACAAUGAGAAUGCAUUACAAGAAGUUGUCUUUCAGCAUCGAUUUUUUGAAGAUCAAUCCGCCAUACUUCUUAUUGAGCGAUCUAAUGCGAAUCCUGAAAUUUUCGAUUUGAAAACAAAUAAAUUUGUCGGUCCAAGAGCUGAGAAUCCUAAAGAAAUUUAUUCGCUUGAUCGUUUCAAUGCCUCUGGCAACAAUUUUCUACACGGCAGCAAUCUUUUCCCGGAUAAGUUGAAAAAUCUGCAAGGACGUGAAGUGAUUUUAGCAGCUUUCGACUAUCGGCCGGAUGUUAUUUUGGAAUAUUAUCCCGGCGCACCUUCGCAUGACAGAGCUUUUGCACCCAACGAUACUAAUGGCGAUGUCAAAAUCGAUGGCACGGAGGCCAGAAUAUUGAAGACCUUCUGCGAAAUGUACAAUUGUUCGAUAGAUAUUGAUAAAUCGGAUGUCGAUGACUGGGGUAUUGCUUACAGGAAUAUGACUGGAGAGGCCACUUUGGGCAUGUUAGCUAAGGGCAAAGCUGAAGUGGGCAUAAGCGCUAUGUAUACGUGGUACUCUGAUUAUUUGGCAUUGGAUAUGUCAAUGUAUAUUGGACGCUCAGGUAUAACUUGCGUGGUGCCAGCACCCAAACGCUUGGCCAGUUGGCUACUACCCAUCGAACCUUUUCAGCCGGCAUUAUGGGCUUUUGUGUUCGCUUGCUUGUGCGUUGAAAUUCUAGCUCUCCUCUUCAUAGACCAUCUUCGUCCGGUAAUUUACUCACUGAGCGAACGUUUGCCCUCAACAACGAAGACAAGUUGGUGGCAUAAUUUUGAGUAUGCCUUCUCGACAACAUUGCUGCUGUUUGUCUCGCAAUCGAGUAAGGGCAUCAUGGUGGGUUUUACGCCACUGCGGAUAAUGCUUUUCGCAUGUUUCCUGAAUGACAUUGUCAUAACGAGCAUUUAUGGCGGUGGACUCUCCAGCAUACUCACGGUACCUAGCUUCGGACAGGCAGCAGACUCCGUGGAACGCCUUUAUGCUUUCCAGCUCAAGUGGGCCGGUGAUUCCGAGGCAUGGGUGGCAGCUAUUAGGGAUGAUGACAGCGAACUUAUACAGGGUUUGUUGCGCAAUUACGCCAUACACAGCGAAGAAGAGCUGAUAAAGUUGGCCGAAACCGGGGGAAUGGGCUUCACUAUUGAACGUUUACCCUUUGGACACUUCGCCGUGCAGGAUCAUUUGACUAGCAGCGUUUUAGAUAGAAUGAAAAUUAUGGUGGAAGAUAUCUACUUCCAGUACACAGUCGCAUUCACCUCACGUAUGUGGCCAAUGUUGGAACGUUUCAACGAAAUGGUUUACAUGUGGCACUCAUCUGGCUUCGAUAAGUUUUGGGAGUGGCGCAUUGUUGCUGACUAUUUGGAUGGCAAUAUACAGAAGAUACUACUGGCUUCACAGUAUGCCAACUUGGAGGAUAUUGGACCGGUUAAGUUGGGCAUGUCGAACUUUGUGGGCAUGUUGUUGUUAUGGUUGUUGGGCAUAGUCUUUGCAACGUUGGCUUUCAUGGGAGAAUUGUUAUUUGCACGUAUGAAACGGUCUAAGGAAUCAGCUAAGAAUGGAGUUGGUGAGCAGAGUAUUGGAGAAAUGUAUUGAAAACAAAAUUGAGAGAAUAAUAUGUAGUAUGGCUUAGUAGUAC